UAUAGGAAUAAUACGCUAAUUCUGCAGGUUGUUAGAAUGUUUUGCGCUGAUAAUCUUUUUCUGUGGAUUACUUUUCAUCUGUUGAUCAGCAGAAGUUCAGGAUAUAACAACGUGACCGCGUCAAAUGUGACGUCAUUGCGGAAAGCGUUGCUACGGAACUAUGACCCUUAUCUACGACCACGGGAACAGCAGAGUGACCCAGUCAUCAUCAGGGCUAGUUUUGGCACCAAGCGCUUCAAUGAUAUCAGUGAAAAGGAGGGAAAGGUGUCUUUACUGGGAUACUUGGUUAUUUCUUGGAAUGACGAAUUCCUUGUUUGGGAUAAAGAAAAUCAUUCAAACAUUGAAGACAUAGUGUUGAAAACAAAUGACAUAUGGUGGCCCACAAUAGCUUUGGCUAACCCUAUUGGGAAUUUUAAGACUCUCCAAAAUCAUUACGGCGUGUUUCGAGUGCAGUCUACAGGUGUGAUUAACUGGAGUCCCGGUGGUUUGUUUUCUGUAACCUGUGACAUGGUGUUAGAGAAGUACCCUUUUGAUACACAAAUUUGUGACGUUGUGUUUGUGGUACUUGGAUUCUCUACCGAUGAGGUCAUAUUCAAGGUGAAUCCAGACAUUCUUGAAGUACACGGAACAACUGAAUGGGAUGUUGUGAACACACAGAUGUUUGCAAUUUCCGAAGGAAAAGCUGGACUGACUAUUCGUUUUACGCUACAAAGAAAGUCACAUUUCGUAGUUCUCACUGUGAUAUCACCCCUGUCUUUGCUCUCAUUUUUGAAUUUAUUUGUCUUUUUAAUUCCAGUUGAGUCUGGUGAGAAAACGUCCUUUGGCAUGACGACAUUUCUUGCAUAUUCGAUUUACCUCUCGUCCUUGGGAGCUUCUCUACCCGACGAUGCCACACACAGUCCAUACAUGACGAUGUACGUAGAAUUCCUAAUGAUUCUUAGUGUUGUGAUCAUGGCGGUGAUCAUUGUCCAAACAAGAUGUUUCUAUUACCAUGGUAAGCACCUGUUGACAUGCUGUUAUGGACACACGAAGGAAGACAAUCCAUUAUUCUCAGUUGAAAAUAAAGAACGGUCCUCAGGAAAAACAGCGGCCAACAGUGACCGUAUUCUCUUCGUUUGUUUUUUCUUUAUUUUAGGUUCAAUCAGUUUAUAUUUCUUCGCUAAAAUGACACUGUAACUAUCUCAACUAUUUCAUUUGAUGGCUGUUGUCACAGGUUCAUGUUUGUAAGUGUAUAAAUAUCUUAUGGUGUUGCAGUUACCAUUUUCAUUAAAGAACUUACUGCACACAAAUGUAAAGAAAUAAUUCUUGGACAACCAGAGCAAUACAUUUGUGAAACUAAGUAUAAAAGGUAUCGUCAAUGUUUUCUCCAUUGUAUUUCUGUUUUAUGGUGUCCAUUGUAUUCUUAUUUUAGUCGCGGUGACCCAAGAGUUAAAGUGCGUCUUGUAUCAAGGCACCCAGACUUUCGGAGGUCCUCUACGUAGUCAAAAUCUUUGAAAACAGUCCAACUUUGGAAUGAUGAACUUGUAGAAUAUCACUGAAAAUUUAAGAAAAUGGUCACCCGCAAAGAUUGGGGUAAAAUGGGCGAACUACAUGUAUAUCGAAUUCAGAAUGCUCUCGAUGUUUUACUGGCUUGUGUUAGGUUUAGGAUCACGGACGUCAAUAUAAUCAAAGUGAUAGUGAGAUGGAUAUAUACAGGUACAUGUUAUAUUAGUUUACAAGGUCUUGAAGAGUUGCUUCUCUUCGAGUAUAUGGUCAUUCCAUGUGAAAAUUAUGACCGGUCUCGGUAGCCUAAGUGCUCAGGCUGCAGUGCUAGAUUCCAACUCGGAUUCCCAAGUUUUGAUUUUGAGCACGGUCCCUACGUUUAACAUAUGUAGUGAUUGUUUCCUCGCCAAGUGACAAAGUCACAGGCCCUGUCCAAUGUCACGACAUACACGUAGGCGUUAUGGCAUUGAGUGUCAUGCAUACAUAUGGGUCAAAAGCAUCAAUUCUGACCAACAAAAGAAAAGACCUAAUGGGGGCACAAUUUUCUGGAAAAAAUUGCUUUGUUUUAUUAAAUUUCUUUCUUUUUUUAUCGUACAUAUGUAUGAAUUUUUCUUAUUUUCAUUUCGAACCUGUAUAAUUUAUUAUCUACAAUGUUGUUAACCUUUAAAAGUUGGUCGAAACAGCAUUUUGACAUGAAUUUCGGCUUUAAGUCCUUCAAAGCAGGCCUGAACAUAACAACAUUUUUGUUGAUAUUUUGAUAGGUUACAAUCGUAAGAACAAUAUUUACAAUUGUAGUAUUUUUAUGGACACCCCUACCGUGGGGUCGAAAUUCACAAUAAAUCGACAAACAAUAAUGUGAUUAUUUUUGUCAUGGUUCGAAUCCGCCUCACACCACACUUUUAUUUUCUAUUUUGAAUUUUCAACACUUUUUUCUUAUCUUAUAUGAUUAUGUGUAUACUUUCCUUCAAUAAUCUAGCUUAAUUGUAUAUUCAUUCUUUGUAUAAAAGGCAUUAAAAGGGAACGCAUUGUA